UCGAAAGAAUCUCUUGAUACUCUUAUAAAACCCUCAUAUCUAUUUUUGAUCGGAAGGCUCGCAGGUUCGCGUUGUCAAUCGUUGACUCUCCAGGAUUUCCUGCGACGAGAAGAGCGUGACGAGUGAUCGGCGUUGCUUAUUAUAAUACGAAAAUCAAAUUAAUAUUCUGCGUAAUAGACGUUUCAGACGAAAUUAUGCAGAGUUAUCAUCUUGAAGAACUUCUUAAAGGGCAUAAAACGACGAAGAAAAAAUUGGAAGAGCUUUGAAGAUUGAAUAUAUGGAGAAACGGUUGUGAUUUCUUAAACUCACAGUUUCCGGAUCAAUUUAUAUUAGUGAUCCUCUCUGGAAAAAUACUGCAAAUAGAAUCGUAUUACAUAUGCAAGAAUUGUUUAUGCAAAUAGCAACAAGAAAUUGCACAUUUUUAGAAAACCCAAAAAUGCAACCAAUUCAAAUUGCAUAAUGUAAUGCACUUGCAUUUUUCAUAUGACAGGAGAAACUUCCAUGCAUCUUCUUUGGAUCUAUUCUAAUGAUCUGAAUAAAAUUCUGAAAGAAAAAAAGUGUAUAUCAAGUGAUCAAAAUAUUAAUGUUAAUACUAUUACUAAAUAGAAACUCGCAGUUGCUUGCGAGGAAGGUGAAAAUUGAAAUUGACAUGUUUUAAAUAGAAAUUACUUUUACAUUGAAUUAUAAUUAAUGUAAAACAACCGGCAAGUUAUAAGGUCAGACAAGUCUGGAUACUUUUUAUUAGAUUAGCUCUUUACGUCAUAUUAAGAUAAGUUUUUUAGCAAAGCUGAGGAAAUAAACGAUAGGUGAAAUUAAAUUCUUAAAUUCAUACAUACAGCAAUCAUGUUAGCGGAUAACGAUACUUUGUCAACUUUUGCGUUUAAUAAGACAACGAUGACCAACAUAGUGACAAGUAUUACACGAAGAAAGCAUGUGAGUUUCGUGCCUCAAAUUGUAUUGACUCUUGUCUACACAACUGGCGUCAUUGGUAACGUGUCUGCGCUGGUCAUACUUUUUCAUCGGGACAAGAGAAGAAACCGCAAGCAUUUGCUGAUGUUACGUUGUUUGGCAACCAACGAUCUCGUAGCGUUAUUGGGGAUGUUAGUUCAGAUGUAUGUUACAAUUUAUGCGGGCGAUGUGACAUCUACAAGAAUAUUUUGCUCUCUUCGAGUUGUUUGGCGACUUUUUGGCCUCUUUAGCGGCUGCGUCGCCAUCGUCAUGGCAGUGGAGAGGUGGUUAGCUUUAACUAGACCCUUUGUUUACCAAAAGCAGGUGACGUAUCCGGUAAUUGUGCGUUGCAUGUUGGCGCUUUGGUUGAUUGCAUUAACGAUAACCAGUCUUCCGGUUAUGGGCUUCGGAUUGUAUUAUAAAGACAAACAAUGCGUGCGUUACAGAGAGGCCACAGAGCCGAGCGAUAUCGCUUAUGCUUAUGUAUGGUUUAUUUUUGGUACUCUUUUAUGUUUGUCGAUUGUCUGGUGCAACUUGGCAGUUUCUAGGGCUUUGAGUAAAUUAAGUCGUCGUACAGUUGCUCUUGGGAGAAUCUCUAAAGCCUCAUCGAGGGCAAAACCUUUGCUGACUAUAGCCGGAGUACAUACUCCACAUCGAUUAGAAACAGUUACAACUGAAGAAAGAGCAUUCGCAAGACUUAUGGCUGUAUUAUCAAUAUCGUUCGUUAUUUGCUGGAUGCCAUACAUGAUUUCCAUUCCAUUGGCUCAAUUCGCGAUGCAUUUACCUAAAACGGCGGUCACUGCACUAAAAUGCAUUCGAAUCUUCCACAUCAUAGCUGAUAUUCUUUUAUGCAUUCACUUCACCCUGGAUCCAUAUAUUUAUGUUCUUUUACGAAUGCCCCGACCGAGAUUUCGAUUGUUGAAGCCCCUCUGUAGGAUCUGCUGGCCUGAUUCAUCCUUUAAAAGCCGCUCCAAUUCCUUUACAGGUACGAUCGAUCACCAAUGUAGCACCAAUGGUCCGCCCACACCGAACACUGCUCCAUCAACCCCCGUUAGCGAAGAACACGAUUCGCAUCUGGUUACAGCAUCCCUCUGAGAUCGGCCUAUGCGAAUGGUCUUCCUAAAGCGAUUGAAAAAUCACAUGUAAUCCACGCGUAAAGCUUCGAAUCGCUUCAACUGGAAGACAUUUGCACAACUUUUAAUUAACUCCAUUCAUUUGCAUAAGGCAAAUGAAAGUGAUGUUAAUGUACGCAACAUUAUUUGACUUAAAAAUUACUUGAAAAAGAAAAUUUUAAUUUGUAAGUAAGUAAUUGGUAUAUACUUAAAUACAUUUGUUUGUGCAAGUUUCUAGUCAACAACGAAAGUGCGAGAAUGAAUAACGGAAUCUUAAUCGCGCAAAUUACCAAAGUAAUAUAACCGUGACUUAAUAAAAAAUAUCUUUCCAAUACUAAAAAUUCAAAUAUAGGAUUCGGAUAUAAAUGACAAUAUUUUGGAAGAUACAUUUUUUUAAAUGUAAUAUA